GGUUUUUAAGAAGAGGAGAUCAAUAAAAUCUCUUGUGAGGAGUAUGCUCAAUCGAUCUUUUAGAGGAGGAGGCAACGGUUCCAGUAUUUCCCUGGAACGAGGCACGUAGGUAGGAACCUGGAUCAGGAGCUUCAAUCCCCUCGCCAUUACAGUUAAUGAAGACACUCACCGUGCUACAGCUGAAUACUCAGGAGGAAACACACCA